GCGUCGGCCGCCCGCGGCGGGAGGCGGCCGGCGAGCUACGCGCCUGCGCCCCGUCUCCGGCGCCUCUCAGCGCGCAUGUGCACAGGCGACCGGGCGCGUCGGUCUCGCGCCGGCUGCGCCUGCGCAGAAGCCAGGCGCGCCGGGGCGGCUGGAGCGGUUCCCUCGCAGGCGGCGCCAUUUUGUGCGAGGAGCCGACGGACAACCGGCCCGGUUCUGUGAGGAGUGGGCAGCGGCGCCAGGCUUCCUGGAAUGGCGGAGACUCUGUCGGGCCUGGGAGAUUCGGGUGCGGCGGGCACAGCGGCUCUGAGCUCCGCCUCGUCGGAGGCCGGGACGCGUCGCCUCAGCGAGCUGCGGGUGAUCGACCUGCGGGCGGAGCUGAGGAAGCGGAACCUGGAUUCGAGCGGCAACAAGAGCGUCCUGAUGGAGCGGCUGAAAAAGGCCAUCGAGGACGAAGGCGGGGACCCCGACGAGAUAGAAGUCGCCUCCGAGGGCAGCAAGAAGAUGUCCAAGAGGUCCAGCAAAG